AUGGCCUCGAGUCCUGCUAGUAGCGAGGUUACGAAUGAAGACCCGACAGGGCCACUUUCGUCAGCCUCUCAUGCCACGAUAACAAUCACACCUCACAAUGCCGAGGCCAGACUUGCUUUCUCAGAGGUUGUGGACUGGCUCGUUGAAAAGUCUCAGGAGGGCCAAGAUGAUAACGAUGCAAGCUCUGAGAGCAACGCAAGAAAUCAUGCGAUGGGCUACAUAUGGUCACCACUCAGGCAUGUUCGAGAUCCAGGAGUUGGGAAGCUCAUAGAACAGAUGAAUACUGGCCAGCUCUCAUCGUCAUCCCCAAGCUCGUCUUUCAGCCAUCGUUCGCCGACCAAAAAUUCCAGUGCCGCCGUUGCCGUAGAGGAUGACCAUCCUGACACAUACAUCCGGACUGGCUGUUACUACAUUGAUCUCAGACGCCUACCAGGGAGCCCUUUUCGUGGGUGGUCGGCUGGAAGACGAGGCGCACGCAAGGGGCACAAUGAGUUUGUAUUAUGCUUGCAGAACUCAGCCCUGCAGGGCAUCCGACAGCAUCACGCCCUCUUCCAAAUCCAUGAGACUGGCAGAAUUCUUUUAAGGAAGUUGUCAGAUCAGGGCUUUGUAGAAGUUGAUGGCGACACUUUGCAACCGAGAGAAUUUCGCGUCUUAAACAAGCACUCUUCCUUUAUCCGACUAGGUCAGUUGAAGUACGAGGUUGCAUACACACGCUUCAGCACCACAAAAGAGUACACCGAAAGGCUCGCACAGUACAUACUGCAGUCUAUCGAUAGUCAUUCUAUCACCCUUGACCUAAGUCUAACUCCUACUCCAGCAGCCGGAAACAGCAUUCAGGUUGGCCAGUGGACUCUCACCAAUGCAGGAACCGUCGGCUUAGGGGGCCAGGGGCGUGUGAGCGUGGCGAUCAACAAGACUGGAGAGGUCGUCGCAUUAAAGAGAAUGUCUGUGUCCAAAAUCAGAAACACUCUAGAGAGGCGCCAGAGCACACUUGAGGUCCUCACACGAAUCGCAAACGCGGCGAAGAACAAUAGCAUUGUGCGACUUCGGGAAGUCAUUACGGAUGACCCCAGAGCAAACAAUGACAUAGCCGACGUGUGGUUUGCGUUGACGCCUUUUGCACGCGGAAUAUUAUCUCAGUGGAGAGCACCUGUGCAACUAGACAUGGCUCAGACAAUGGUUGUAUCCUUGCUGGAGGCAGCCGACUUUCUUCACGCCAACAAAUGGAUUCACGGGGACAUUAAGCCCCCAAACAUUGGGCUUCAUCACUGGAACUCGGAAAAUGCGUCCAUUGUGCUUCUUGACACAGAAGACGCUAUCUAUGCGCCCCAAGGUUAUGCACUUUCAACACCAGGGCGCUCCGGGACAGUGGGGUGGUUGUCACCAGAGCGGGAGAUGGGGCAAUUCGAUUACUCAACGGAUGUCUGGGCCAUAGGUGUCGUAGCUUUACGGAUGCUCCUCGGGAAGCAUCCAUGGCAGUUCAGCAUCAAUCCUUGGCGUCAAGGACAAGAGUUUGAGAGCUAUCGUGGGCGAUUUCAUACUGAGUACGAUCGGGUGACGCAAGUGAUCACCUCAAACUAUCCUGGAAAGCUUGGAACAGCGAUACUCCAGAUGAUUCGACAUCCUCAUGCACGUGUCGAAGAGCAGGCUCAGAGGAGACCCAGUUGUCGAGAGAUUCUCAAGACCCAGGACCCCGAUGACGAUGCGGACUCGGCUAUUGAGGAUAACGCCAGUAGCACGGCUUCUUUGUCUUCAUCUAUCCUCCAGUAUCGGACGAUCCACGGCCGGACGUACCACAGCGAUCGGGGAAACGCUGAGUAUUGGGCAUCAAACGACGAGAGACAGAAUGAAGCACUUGAUAUCAUUCAUCACGUUCUCACACUCUCUCACGAUGGCAAACUUCAUCUAGCCCCUUUGAAAGAUAACGUUGAGAAAGUCAUAGACAUAGGAACAGGCACAGGCGAGUCGUUGCAAUGCAUUUGGGCAAUCGACUUUGCCGACGCGCACCCCAACGUAAAAGUAGUUGGUACCGAAAUCUCGCCCAUACAACCUAGCUGGGUGCCACCAAAUCUUGAGUUUCAAAUGGAUGACUGUACACAAGAAUGGACCUUUGAAGAGAACUCCUGCGAUUUUGUGCAUAUCCGAUGGCUGUUCGGAAGCAUCAUGGACUGGACCGCUCUCUUUGGGCAGGCUUACAAGACUCUGAAGCCUGGCGGAUACAUCGAGACACAAGAACCUUCUAUCCGCUUUGAGAGCGACGACGGUACUGUGAACGAAAAGACCGCCAUGGGCCAGUUUGGCAAGAUUUUUGUUGAAGGGGGCAAGAAGAUGGGCCGUACCAUGACUGUCCUGGAGGACGGUAUUCAGCGCAAGGCGUUGGAGGAGGCUGGGUUCGAGGCGAUCGAAGAAGCCAACUUUAAGACUCCCAUCGGAUCCUGGCCACAUGACCCAAAGCAAAAGGAGAUUGCGAGGUUCCAGCAGCUCGCUGUUGAGCAAGAUACAGAGGGAACAAUGAUGUACGUGGCGGCCCUGGCUGGUUGGUCCAAAGAAGAGGUCACUAUCUACAUUGCUCAACUUCGGCGAGAGUUCCGAUCCAAGGAUAUCCAUGGAUACUACCGGCGCAAGAUUCUCUGGGCACGGAAACCGGAGACAGUUGAUGGGUAA